AGAUCAUCCCUUCCCUUGUGAGGAGUCAUGGAAUCCAAAGCUGUGAUCAAUACUAAGUCUAAAGAAAGGGGUGUGUUGCAAAGCCCAGAGUUAUACAAUUAUAUAAUGGAUACUAGUGUGAAUCCACGAGGGGGUUGGAUCCGCUGCUGUGGUUGGAACCACAGCAGGGUGCUGUGCAAGAUUCAUACCCAUUAUUCUAAUAAAAAAAAAAAUUAUUUUUUAUUAAUAAAAAAUUUGAUUGUGUCUACCACAGCACCCUGGGGUGGGAUCCAACCCCAUCCACGAGAACACCAGUGUCUCAAGGAGCUCAGAGCUAUCACAUCAACUCAUCCAAGGGCUGUGAUGGGUACAUCACCUGAUGUGGGACAGUUUUUGGACUUGCUUCUAACAACAAUCAAUGCGAAAAAGACAAUUGAAAUUGGAGUGUUUACUGGAUAUUCACUUCUUCAAACUGCCCUCACAAUUCCAGACGAUGGAAAGAUGAUAGCCAUAGACAUGAACCGGGACUCGUAUGAGAUAGGAUUACCUAUCAUUGAAAAGGCAGGGAUGAAGCACAAGAUCAAUUGCAUCGAGUCUGAGGCUCUUCCGGUUCUUGAUGAGUUACUAAAAGAUGCAGAGAAUAAGGGUUCGUUUGACUUUGCGUUCGUUGAUGCUGAUAAAGACAACUAUGCAAAUUACCAUCAGAGAAUGAUGGAGCUUCUGAAACCCGGAGGUAUAGCUAUUUACGAUAACACCCUCUGGGGAGGAUCGGUGGCAAUGGAUGAAGAGAGUUCAGUUCGGCCGAGAUCGAAGCCUGCGAGGAAGGAUUUGAUAGCGUUUAACAAGUACAUUGCAGGUGAUGCUAGGGUGAAGAUUUCUCAAGUCCCUCUUGGUGAUGGGAUCACUGUCUGUCGCCGUAACUGAAACACUACCAAUGCUCCUCAUCAACCAACUUAUUAUGUUGGAAUAAUUUUUCAAAUAAAUUGGUCUUUGAUUUUCUGCAAAUUGUUAGAUGUAGAUAUCUUUUUCCCGGAGCGGAUCUCCUACACCACUUUUCCUACUUCAUUCCUAAUCCACCUUUCACAACUUAAUAAAAUAAUCUUAUAACAUGUAAGUGAUGGUGGGAUUAUUUUAUUAAAUUGUGAGAGGUGGAUUAGGAACGGAGUAAGAAAAAGUAAAGAGUUACUU